AUGGGCUCUCUUCCUCCCCCUAUUGAGCUGGAUGCGCUCGUUGUCGGAGCUGGCUUUGGUGGAGUCUACCAGUUGAAAAGACUACGUGAAGAAGGCUACAAGGUCAAGCUCGUCGACAAUGCCUCAAACUGGGGCGGUGUGUGGUACUGGAACCGAUACCCAGGCGCCCGUGUGGAUAGCACGAUUCCUCACUACGAAUUUUCGGACCCUUUGCUCUGGAAAGAGUGGCGUUGGAAGCAGCGAUUCCCCGGAAGUGCAGAACUUCGAGAUUACUUCGCAUUUGUUGCCGAGAGAUGGGAUCUAGAUAGGGAUGCCCAGUUCAACACCUUGGUUACAGCGGCCUCCUGGGAUGACGAAACCGCCAAAUGGCACAUAACCACCCAGACAGGCCAACAGUUUAUUGCAAGGUACUUACUAUUGAAUACCGGGUUCUCGGCAAAGAGACAUAUCCCUAACUGGCCGGGCAUCGAGAAGUUCCGCGGCACUUUUGUUCAUCCUUCCUAUUGGCCCAAAGAAGAGCCCGAUCUUAAAGGCAAGAAUAUCGCCGUGAUUGGAACUGGAUCGACUGGUGUCCAGCUUGCUCAGGAAUUGAGUAAGGUGGCUAAAGACUUUGUGCUGUUCCAGCGGACCCCGAAUCUGGCACUCCCGAUGAAACAAAUCGAGUAUACUGGCGACGAACAGACUAUUCCACACAAGCAGUAUCCAGACUUCUUUGCCGGACGGUCAACUAGCUUUAGUGGUUUUUCGUUCAACUUUUUGCCGCGGGCCACCUUCGACGACACGCCGGAGCAAAGGAGACAGACGUAUGAAGACCUGUGGGCCAAGGGUGACUUCCACUUCUGGCUUGCGACCUACUACGAUAUGCUCUUCACCGAAGAAGCCAACAAAGAAGCGUACGACUUCUGGAAGGCCAAGGUGCGCGCGCGAAUUCAGGACCCUGAUCUCCAAGAGUCGUUAGCCCCAGAGAUCCAGCCACACGCGUUCGGAUGUAAGCGCAUCUCGUUAGAGAACGGCUUCUACGAGAUCUUCAACCAGCCCAAUGCCACGCUGGUCGACAUGAAGAGGACGCCGAUCGUUGAGUUCACGGAACGCGGCAUCAAGACCGUCGACAGGGAGUUUGAGCUCGACUACAUCAUCUGUGCAACGGGCUUCGAUGCCAUCACGGGCGGGCUGAAACAGAUCGACAUCACCGGCGUGGCUGGCCAGAAGCUCGCCCAGAAGUGGGAAAAUGGUACAAAGACGUAUCUGGGUCUCUGCGUCGCGGGCUUCCCCAACAUGUUCUUCACCUACGGGCCCCAGGCCCCGACGGCCUUCUGCAACGGCCCAACCUGCGCCGAGCUGCAGGGUGAAUGGAUCGUGCAGAUGGUCAAGGAUAUGGACAGCGCCGGCCUGACCAAGAUCGAGGCCAAAUCCGACGUCGAGGACCAGUGGGCGCAGGAUAUCUGGAAGCUCGCCAACGCGACGUUGCUGCCAAAGACCAAAUCGUGGUAUAUGGGUGACAAUAUUCCCGGCAAGCCGAGGGAGCCGCUCAUCUACCUUGGCGGUGUGCCAAAUUACUACAAGACCAUCAACGACUGCGCGCAGCAAGGUUACAAAGGAUUUGUGCGCGCAUAG